UACUAUGACAUUUAACCGACAGAACAAACCGCCAGCCUUAUCAACCUAAACACAGAGAGUGCUAGAGCUGGAGCUGAUUCUCCCCGUCAUUCUCAGGGUUUUUCAAAUGGAACAGAAUAUUCCAGAUCGUGCUGAUACGGAGGAGGAAGAAUUUCCAGACGAAUUCCAGUGUUGCGUCUGCCUGGAUAUCAUGUACAAGCCUGUGGUAUUAGCUUGCGGUCACAUUUCUUGCUUUUGGUGUACAUUCAAGGCCAUGGACACUUACAUAGAGUCUCAUUGUCCCGUGUGUCGCAACCCAUAUAAUCAUUUUCCUAGAAGCUGUGAAUUAUUGCAUCUUUUACUUCUGAAGUUAUAUCCAUUGCCCUAUAGAAGAAGGGCAGAACAAGUUUCAGAAGAAGAAAAGGGGUAUGGAUAUGCAUCACCACAAUUUGAGGACAACAUAAUUGAAUCUCAAUUUAGUGAAGUGGAUGGCUUCCGAGAUGCCACAAGUGAAGGAGAUCAUCCAUCCAUUCAAGAUUCUUCACAAAGAACUUUGCAUGAAGAUAAUACAAGUAUCCAACCAACAUCAAGCUCACAAACUACCACCGAUGAUGCCAACUCUGUGGCAUUAAGUACUAAAAAGGUCCUUGUGACAGACGUACAAUGUGCUGUUUGCAAACAACUAUUGUAUCGCCCUGUUGUUCUUAACUGUGGUCAUGUUUAUUGCGAGUCCUGUAUUCAACCAGACGAUAGUAUCUAUACAUGUCCAGUGUGCCAAAGUGCACAUCCAAGAGGGAUCCCGAGCGUGUGCUUAUUUCUACAUCACUUCCUGGAAGAAUAUUUUCCUAAAGAAUAUUCAGCAAGGAAAGAAUAUUUAGCCCAUUGCCAUAGGCAUAGUCCAUCUGGAAGCUCAGCAGAAAAACAGGAGCAAACUGGCAAAGCUUCAUUUGGGCCCUCCGGCCGCAGGGCCAACUUUCAUCCUGGGGUCGGUUGUGAUUUCUGUGGGAUGUGUCCUAUUAUCGGAGUAAGAUACAAAUGCAAAGACUGCGUGGAGACGAUUGGCUUCGACCUAUGUGAGAAUUGUUUCAAAAUAUCCUCCAAGCUUCCUGGUAGAUUUAACCAGCAGCAUACGAUGGAACACAAGUUUGAAGUCAUACAACCUAAUCAUUUACGAAUGGUGCUGUCGAGCCUUGGGGCCGAACUGUCUCCCGAGGAUGACGAAACUGGUUUUGACUCGGAGAACGAUGGUAUUGCUUAGUGUACUAGGAUGAUCUUUUCUUAAGCCAAUCUGUCAUUCCUACUUCAUAUAAAAUGACACAGAAAGGUUAAGAUGGCGACUCUCAUGAGAAAUUAGAGAUUCCAGAUUCCCAAUAUAUUACUCCUAUUUCAUUUAAUCCUAUAUACAAGCCCCUUAUAUUGUACCA